GGGAAGUGUUUGAGGGUAGAAACCGGAAAUCAGUCGAUUUUCCAACAUGGUGACACCCAUGAAGACUAAUCUCUGAAGGAGACAUGUAACACAGGUUCCGAUGUUUUUCUAAUGACAUCACCAUCAUGAAGGGUGCAAACUGUCUGGUCCAGCUGCAGAGGCUUAUUAGGCUGCUGGGCCAGUCCGGCUCUUCUGCAGCCCAAUAUGGCGCUCUGCCCCAGUUUGGUCAUCCUCAUGUGCUGCACAACACACAAUACCAGAUGCUGAGGCGUUUCCACUGCAGCCCUCUGUGCUCUAAAGGUCGCCGAGUGCCGGUAGAAUUCGUCAGUAAGGGCGACGGCGAGAACCAAUCCGUGGUCCUUUCGGACCUCUUUGAGCAGCUGGCCCCGGAUAUCAAAAGCAAGGCCUCCUUCACUAAGGUGGUGGACUUCUUCACCAAGGCCGACGUGAGACGGCGGGGUCACGUGGAGUUUAUCUACGCUGCUCUUAAGAGGAUGCCCGAGUUUGGCGUGGAGAAAGACUUGGCCGUCUACAACAAGCUCCUGGAUGUUUUUCCCAAGGAGGUGUUUGUGCCCAGGAACUUCAUCCAGCGCAUGUUCAACCACUACCCCCGACAACAGGAGUGUGCGGUGCAGAUACUAGAACAGAUGGAGAACUACGGAAUCACACCGAACAUGGAAACUAAGGUGCUGCUGGUGCAGAUAUUUGGAGAGAAGGGUCAUCCUGUGAGGAAAUACCAGCGCAUAAUGUACUGGUUCCCUAGAUUCAAACACGCCAACCCCUUCCCCGUCCCACAUCAGCUGCCCGGAGACUCAGUGGAUCUGGCUCGCUUCAGCCUCAAACGCAUCGCCAAUGACCUGGAUGCUGCUGUCACUGUUUAUCAGAUGCCCAUCGUCACAGAGAGGGAGAAUCAGACCAGUCUUCCACUUAUUGUAGGCAUCCAGAGUCCCAACCAGAUGGAGCUCCUAGCCAAACAUAACCCCAGCAAGCCAGUGUUUGUGGAAGGACCCUUCCGGCUGUGGCUGAGGAAAACGUGUGUCCACUAUUACAUUCUCCGAGCUGACCCCACGCCGCCCGAGGAGAAGGUGGAGGAACCCUAUGAUCCAGAGCGCUCCUUCGGCUACCCUCUGCAGCUAGACCUCAGCUAUGACCGUGACUUUGGAGACUUAGAGACAUUUGACGUAGAAGACCUGGAUGAAGGGCCAGUGUUUGCCAUGUGUAUGACCAGCCAGGGAGACCAGGCCACCCUUAACCAGUGGAUCUCCAGCCUCCAGGAGACCAACCCUAUCCUGGGUCACAUCCCGACCCUCUUUCGCCUGGAAUCCGGCCCCACAGAGCUCCAGGCCGGAGCCCAGAAGGACACGGACCAACAUCACGGCAAUGGUCCAGAAGCCCAAAGGGACAAGUCCACCCCAGAAGAGGAGGAAGAGGAGCUGAAAAGUAGUAGUGGGAUGACGAGGUGAGGAAGACAUCACAUCAUGAAGUAGGAGGAACUGGCUCUGAAUGACUCUCAAUAAGUUAUAUGGACAAAAUGCAGAAACAACAAAUAAAUUCACAACAAGGACGAGUCACGUUUGUCUUUGUUUCCUAACCUAGCAAAAUCAGACCGUACAGAAAGUAGAAAAUGUUUUAUUUCUUGAAAGGCGUUUGAAAACAUUCCCUUUGAACUGGUAAACAAGACACUUGGAGAGGAUCCCUUGCAGCCAUUGACAAGGAGGAAUUCUCUCCAGCAAAGCCAAUGAUGCAAUAAAUAAUAAAUAAAGGUUACUGAAAAAUGUGGACAUUUGGCAUCUCAAAUACAGUAUUUUUGUAUUUACAACUGUCACAUAACCAGGGCCUAGUACCAUAUUUUUCGGAGUAUAAGUCGCUCCGGAGUAUAAAUCGCACCGGCCGAAAAUGCAUAAUAAAGAAGGAAAAAAACAUAUAAGUCGCACUGGAGUUUAAGUCGCAUUUUCUGGGGAAAUGUAUGUGAUAAAACCCUACACCAAGAAUAGACAUUUGAAAGGCAAUUUAAAAUAAAUUAAGAAUAGUGAAC